AUGAUCGUGGAGAUACGAACCGAGAUGAAGAUAGAGAAAGAGUGGGAAGAGGGAGAAAAGGUUAGAAAGAGAAGUAAAGUUAUGGAAGUUGAAGAUAAGAAUAAUGAAGGUACUGGCAACUACAUCAACGAAGUCAAAGAUACAUUCCCCUUUGGUUGCUUCUUAUGCAGAGUGUCUUUCGUUGAUUCAGUUGUCAUUACUUAUGCAAAGCAUUACUUACGUGAGAAUUGUCAUUUGUCUUUAUGGUUUAGCUAA